CCAACACACCUUCACUCUCAAGCCCACGUCGUUCAUUCGAUCUCGAGCCUCUGCAACAGACCCUCUCGACUCGAGUCUCUUCCCCCAAAAAACACAGCUGUCAAAAAUGCUCAUCAAGGAGUCUCACGUCGACGUGCCGACCAAGGCCGACGGGAAGGAGGGUUCCAUGAGAAUCUUCCUCUUCCACCCGUCCAUCCCCGGCUACCCCAACGCGAAAUUCCCCGGAGUCUGCGUCUUCUCCGAGAUCUACCAAGUCACCGGCCCCGUCGCCCGCUUCGCCCGCCAGAUCGCAGGCCAGGGCUACAUCGUCGCCGCUCCCUCCUCCUACCACGACUUCGCCGGCCCCGAGCCCCUGGCCUACGACGUGCCUGGUACCGACAAGGGCAACGCCUGGAAGGUCGAGAAGACCCUCGAGUCCUACGAUGAAGACUCCCGCCGCACCGUGGACUACCUCCUCACCCUCCCGACUUGCACUGGCAAGAUCGGAAGCACGGGCAUGUGUCUAGGCGGCCACCUCGCCGUCCGCGCCUCUCUCGACAAGAGAAUCGCCUCGUGCGUGGCCUACUUCGCCACGGACAUCCACAGCCGCACCCUCGGCCCCCACACGGCCAAGAACACCUCCCCGACGCCACCCGAGGGCAGCACCCACACCCUCGACCUCUUCCCGACCCUGGCCCACGCCGAGGUCGCCAUGAUCUUCGGCGUCAAGGACACCCACGUCCCGCCCGAGGGCCGCGACCUCAUCCGCGCCAAGCUGCGCGAGGCCGGCGUCACGACGAGCUUCUACGAGUUCGCCUGGGCCCAGCACGCAUUCAUCCGCGACGAGCUCAGCAAGGGCCGCUACGACCCGGCCAUCACAAAGGUCUGCUUCGAGAUCCUGCUGGAGCUGUUCGGGAGGACGCUCAAGUUGGAUCUGGGCCCCCAGGAGGGCGUCGGCGAGGUGGAACACGUGUGCUGAGCGCGGUAUCUGGCCGCCUCCAGGAUUCACGAUGUGCAAAACUAGGGAGGCAGGGAGAAGUGAAACGUUUUAACAAGAUACAGCGUUCCACUGCGGACGACAUGUCAUCGUACUCUAUUCGUAAUCUAUCUGUCUGUCCCCCCACUGUGAGUUGAUAAGAAAAUUCAUCAGGCAUGGGGAGCCAGUCUCAAUGCCCACAUAAAAUAAAGAAAACGCCAACGUCAAACAUGACCGGCUGGUAUUAUGAGCUUUUCUCCACUAAUUUUUUGUUUAUUCUUCUCCAUCUCAAGUUCCAGUGUUCCCUCUU